AUGCUGGGCUGGGGUGGAACUGCCAUACUCGAAAAAUUACCAUCUGGCACGGUUAUGAAGACACCAGUUCCACCCAUACUCGAAAAAUUACCAUCUGGCACGGUUAUGAAGACACCAAUUCCAAAUCCAUAUUGUCGAGCUGAGGAGGAGGGUCAACGCCGAAACAUUCGCCUUGAGGCCCAAAUCUACGCAAGGAUUGGGGAACAUGCACGUGUGCCCAAAUUAAUCCACUGGGACCCAAAAACAUGCUGUCUUGAAAUGGAAUAUCUAGAGAAAGGAAAUCUCAAGGAUUAUAUUCUACGAAACCACCAGAAUAUAACUCCUCAACUUCGACUCCGGUGGAGUAGCCAGGCUGCCGAAGCGUCGACUGUUCUCCAUGGCGUCGAAAUUAUACACUGCGAUCUCUCACCAAGGAACUUCCUUCUCGACUCGCAGCUCGACUUAAGGAUUGCUGAUUUUGGCGGCGCGUCGCUGUGCGGUUCGGAUCCCUCAGCCACCCCAGCGUCACGGGGUCAACAUCCUGGUUACGACUGGAAUAUUGCCCCGGUAUUUGGGGAUGAUAUAUUCAGUCUGGGGUCAUUGAUUUACUUCAUAAUGACUGGCUCCUACCCAUACGAAGACGUCUCUAGCGAUGAGGUUGAGAAGCUCUAUGACGUCCAGCAAUUUCCCGAUGUGUCCUCUAUCGUUUGUGGAGCUAUGGUUAUGCAAUGUUGGCGUCGACAGGUAGACUCGGCCCAAGUUAUACAUGACUGCAUCACAGGUAUUGAAAGGGAACAUUCGUAUAACCAGAUCCCCUGA